AUGUCUGGGAAACGAUCCAUCCUCGUCUUGCAUCUUUUGCUCGUCUUCCUGCUAGCCGGAGAUCUUGGGUACCAUAUUUUUGUAGAUGCUACUACUAUAGAUUGUAAUUACGGUUGGACUGCUGCAGAACCCUCGCCUGAAGGGACAGUACCAUACUCGUGUAGUACAACAGAUGACAAAACUUACAGAUGCAGCAAGUGUGGAAGGGAUGAUCAUCGUUUACCCUCCGCUAGGAACUGCGUUAGUGACGCAACCGGAAAAGUCAUGAACAAGGGAGGAUUAUGGGCUUGCGACGUCGUACUCGACGUCUUUUCGGAUUCUCGCAAAGACGGCAGACAACUCAUUUGCAAUCAAUCUGCAAGUACUGACACGUACUAUUGCAAGUCUCGCAAUUGGCCCCAACAAUGUCGGAAAGAGUCAUGUUGA